AUGGCCGCGCCCAUGGUGCCUCAGCGUGAAGUCGGCUCCACGUGCACAAAGGGCGCCGCCAUCUUUCCUACCUCCCCAGCCCGCACGGCACCCGCCUCUGAAAAAUGUCACGCGGAUAACAAGGCAAUGUUAACCGUCCCUCGCGACCCGGAAGUAAAAGCAUCGAGGGGGCCAAGGAAUGACAGCGGCUUCUUCCCGCAGCCAUUAUGGCCGCUCCGGUCACAAACGCCGGCGUGGGCGUGGUCGCGUCACGUCACAGGGCGGCCCCCUCUUCCGGUCGGAACUCGGAAGUGUGGCAACGUCGGGCGGUCCUCGGCGGGUGGAGCCGGUCGGCGUUCCUUGGUCCUGCGGCGGAGCGUAACCGCGGAGGAGCGUAACCGCGGAGGAAGGGGCUUCGGCCGUGGGCUCAGCCUUCGGUCACUGCCGGUGGUGCCCGGAGAGGCUCGGGAUCGGGAAUUGCUAACAUUGGAGGAUGUGGCUGUGGAGUUCAGUUGGGAGGAGUGGCAGCUCCUUGAUCCUGCUCAGAAAGACCUGUAUUGGAACGUGAUGUUGGAGAACUAUAACAACCUGGUUUCACUGGGAAUCGGGAAAGUUGACAGUCAUCUGCAAAAGCACUCUCACAACCAUAUAGUUCUGAAGACCAUGCAACAAUGCAGUGAACAGAAUGCAUUGAGAAAUACUAUUCAUCUAAGCAAAACAAGUAUGACCAUAAUGCGUAAUCAUAUGUUGGAAUUAUAUGGGAAAGCUUUGAAUUCAAAUUUAAUUAAUCAGAAGAGAGGAUAUGAAGUGAAGAACCCAGUUGAUUUCAAUGGAAAUGAGAAAUCUUUUCUACAUGGUAAUCAUGAACAGUUAUACAAUGGAAUGGAAAUCCCUGAAAGUGAAAAACAUAUCAGCACUGAAUUCCAAGUCUUUAAGCAUCAGAAGACUCAUAAAAUAGAGAAACCCCAAGCAUACAUCGAAGGUGAGAAAGCCUGCAUCAGGAUGUCUCAGCUCAUUCACCAUAAGGACAAUCAUAUAGGAAAGAUAACUCAUGGCUGUGAUUUAUGGGGGAAAUCUUCCAGAAAUGUCAUGUUCACUAAAUGUCUGAAAACUCAAACACAAGACAAACUCUGUGUAACCAGUGAAUACAGAAAGGGCUCUCCUGUGAAAAGUGGUCUCACCAGACAUCAGCAAACCCAUUCAGGAGAAAAAUCCCAUAUAUGCAGUGACUGUGGGAAAGGCUUCACCACGAAGUGCUAUCUGGUUGUACAUCAGCGAAUACAUAGUGGAGAGAAACCUUAUGUAUGCAGUGAGUGUGGGAAAGGCUUCGCCAUGAAGCGCUGUCUAGUUGUGCAUCAGAGAAUACAUACUGGAGAGAAACCUUAUGUAUGCAGUGAAUGUGGGAAAGGCUUCACCAUGAAGCGCUGUUUGGUUGUACAUCAGCGAAUACAUACUGGAGAGAAACCUUAUGUAUGCAACGAAUGUGGGAAAGGCUUCACCAUGAAGAACCGUCUCAUUGUGCAUCAGAGAAAUCACACAGGAGAGAAACCCUAUAGAUGUGAUGAGUGUGGAAAAGGCUUCACUGAGAGGUGUAGUCUCAUUGUUCAUCGGCGAUCUCAUACAGGGGAAAAAUAUAUAUGCAGUGAGUGUGGAAAAGGCUUCAAUGUAAAGCGUGAGCUCACUAUACAUCAGCAAACUCAUACAGGAGAGAAAUCACAUAUAUGUGAUAAAUGUGGAAAAGGCUACAUGAGAAAGCGCUCUCUCAUUAUACAUCAGCGAACUCACACAGGAGAAAAACCCUAUGAAUGCAAUGAGUGUGGGAAGGCCUUCAGUCGGAAGACAUGCCUCAUACAACAUGAGAGAUGUCACACAGGAAAGACACCCUUUGUAUGUAGUGAGUGUGGAAAACAAUAUUCUAACAAAUAUGGUCUCAUUACCCAUCAGAGAAGUCACACAGGAGAGAAACCCUAUGAGUGCAAGGAAUGUGGGAAAGCCUUCGCCGCAAGGUCAGUCCUCAAUGUCCAUCAAAGAACUCAUACAGGAGAGAGACCCUAUGGAUGCAGCAUGUGUGAGAAAGCCUUCUUCCAAUUGUCACACCUUGUUAAACAUCAGAAAAUGCACACAAAAGAUAUGGGUGAAUUAUUAUCAAGUUCCAGACCUCACUAAAAACAUCAGUGUUCCUAGCAGAUUGGAAUGCAAACAUGGCUCUACCUGUUGUCAAAUGUGUUCCCUGAAACGCAGGAUUUACCCAGGAGAUAAAACCGAUGAACACAGUGGCUGCGGUAGUGCCUUUAGUGAUCCUUACCUCACAUUUUCUGUGAAAACAUGUUGGAAAAACUUGGGUACAAAUUUUGAAGAUGCCUUUCCAACUUCAUUAUAUGUCUCAGCAAAACUUUCUAGUCCCGAUAUUAUGUCUGAAGGUAUAUUGAGACAAAUUCUGAGAAUGCAAAGACUAAGAAAGCCUUUCGUAAGAAGAUAGACUUUAUUAUCAGGGACCAUCAGAUCAUCAGCAUGUUCAUUGUUCAUAGAAAUGCAAAAACAAACAAACAAUAAAACCAAAGAAAUAAGGUAACCACGGGAAAGCCUCUACCUAGAAAGAAGGCCUCCGUGAGAGUCAGAAUUCACACUGGAGAAAAACUUUAAGAGGACAGUAUAUAUUUAACAGAAUAUCAUUGAUACAUUCUAUCCCAUUGUUUUUCUGGAAAUCAUACAGAAGUUAACCUUUAUAAAAAUGCUAAAUUUAGAGCACUUUUAGCCAAAUAUCAGAGAAUUUAUAUUCUCUGAAGGGAAGAAGUUCUCUGAAAAGGGAUAAUGUUUGAGUGCUUUUUGUUUAAAGUCUAACUUCAUUAUACAUCAGAUAAUUUACCUGCUGUGCAUCUUCAGGUAAUAAUUGGAACCUCCUUUCUAGUUGCCUUGUCACUAAUUCCAUAGUUUAAAAAUUAGUCUGCUUUCCUCAUUCCUGAUUAAUUUGUAUUGUUAUAUACAAUACAGGAGUGUUCUAUGAUCACCCCAUAUUAUGUGAUUAGCUCUCAACUUUCUUUGGCUCGAAAUUUAACUGUAAAUUUAUCAUACAGUAAUAGUUUAAAAGGAAACAAUCUUUUUUAAGUUAUAAAUAUAACACAUAUUUGUACUUGCCUAACCAAGUUUAUAAAUAUGACCAAAUAUUUUAUAAAACCACCUUC